GCGAUCCUUCCGGUCGGUUCAGCCAAUCGGUGCACGGAGAAGCUAGGCGGACCGAGAGGAGCGGAGGGAGCUCCAAGGGCCUCCGCCGCCGCUACCUCCGCGGUAGGGGCGUGGAGGGCAGGGGCGGUCGAGCCCGCGGUUGCAAAAAUGGCUCAGAGCAGAGACGGCGGAAACCCGUUCGCCGAGUCUGGAGAGCUUGACAACCCCUUUCAGGACCCAGCUGUGAUCCAGCACCGACCCAGCCCUCAGUAUGCCACGCUUGACGUCUACAACCCUUUUGAGACCCGGGAGCCAUCACCAGCCUAUGAGCCUCCUGCCCCUGCACCAUUGCCUCCACCCUCAGCUCCCUCUGUACAGCCCUCAAGAAAGCUCAGCCCCACUGAACCCAAGAACUAUGGUUCCUACAGCACUCAGGCCUCGGCUGCAGCGGCCACAGCUGAGCUGCUAAAGAAACAGGAGGAGCUCAAUCGGAAGGCAGAGGAGUUGGACCGCAGAGAGCGAGAGCUGCAGCAUGUUGCCCUGGGGGGCACAGCCACUCGACAGAACAAUUGGCCCCCGCUACCCUCUUUUUGCCCAGUUCAGCCCUGCUUUUUCCAGGACAUCUCCAUGGAGAUCCCCCAAGAAUUUCAGAAGACAGUAUCUACCAUGUACUACCUCUGGAUGUGCAGCACUCUGGCUCUUCUCCUGAACUUCCUCGCCUGCCUGGCCAGCUUCUGUGUAGAGACCAGCAAUGGCUCCGGCUUUGGGCUUUCUCUGCUCUGGGUCCUCCUUUUCACUCCCUGCUCCUUCGUCUGCUGGUACCGCCCCAUGUACAAGGCUUUCCGGAGUGACAGUUCAUUCAAUUUCUUCGUUUUCUUCUUCAUUUUCUUCGCCCAGAAUGUGCUCUUUGUCCUCCAGGCCAUUGGCAUCCCAGGUUGGGGGUUCAGUGGCUGGAUCACGGCUCUGGUGGUGCUGAAGAACAACACAGCUGUAGCUGUGCUUAUGCUGCUGGUUGCCCUGCUCUUCACUGGCAUCGCUGUGCUGGGAAUUGUGAUGCUAAAACGGAUCCACUCCUUGUACCGUCGCACAGGUGCCAGUUUUCAGAAGGCCCAGCAAGAAUUUGCUGCUGGUGUCUUCUCCAACCCUGCGGUGCGAACCGCAGCUGCCAAUGCAGCCGCAGGGGCUGCCGAAAAUGCCUUCCGGGCCCCGUGACUCCUGACUGGGAUGCCCUGGCCCUGCCACUUGAGGGAGCUGACAUAGCCCCAUCCCUGAGGUUUCUGGGACUUGGGGAGACAUCACUACUUGAUGGCUUCUCCAUAGUGCCCCCAAUUCCACGGCCAUGACUGCUGAUCCUGACUUGGGGGUGCUGGGAGCCCACUGUGACCUAUCACUGCUCGCCCUUCCCCCCAUCAGGCCACACUGCUGCCCCCUCUCACACGCCCCAACCCAGCUUCCCUCUGCUGUGCCAAGGCUGUCGCUUCGGUUAUUUAAAUAAAAAGAAAGUGGAACUGGAA